CCCGGCCGUCCUCCCCAACUGACGGUUCCUCACGCCAAUAGUCACCGGCGGCCUGUGAGGACACUCGGAAGGGCGAGGGGAGGGCUCGGCCUCUCGCGCCUAGUUUCCCGGUCUCUGCGCCGGGGUCUCUGGGCCGUCCCCUGCGAGCGCCCAGGGGCGGCAGAGCCCCUGAGAGCUCGGCUCUCUGACAGAUUUCCUUCAGUAAGAGGUGACUCCUGAAGCUCUGCAAAACGAGUGUGGUGUGUGAUUGCAAGGAGUGAUGGCUGCAAAAGUGGUUCCAAUGCCCCUAAAGCCAAAGCGGUCCUUUAUACUGAGAGUUCCUCCGGACUCCAAGCUGGGCCAAGACCUACUUCGAGAUGCUACUAGUGGGCCCAAGACCAUCCACCAGCUGGUUCUGGAGCACUUCCUCACCUUCCUGCCCAAGCCAAGCCUGGUCCAGCCCAAUCAGAAAGUCAAGGAGACCUUGGUUAUUAUGAAGGAUGUGAGCUCAAACUUUCAGAACAGACUGCAACCUCAUCCCAUGGUGAAGCUUCUGCCCAGAGAAGGAAUCCAGCAGAAACAGGACACAGUGUCGCUGUAUUUGAAAACUGAGCCUGAGGAACUGGUGGUCUUUGAGGAUUUGAAUAUAUUUCAUUCCCAAGAAGAAUGUGUGAGCCUGGAUGCUACUCAACAGCCCACCUCAGAGAAGGAAGACAAUGUUGGGGAGAUGAUGUUACUGGUUAAUGACAUUAAUCCUGAGAGUGAAGAUCUUCAGAAGGAAACUGUAGAGAAUGAAGAUCAUAGAGAGGAGACUUCAGAUUGUGAUGAAGUAGAUUAUUCUGUGGUCUCUGAGGAAUCACCAGAUUGCCAUAAAGAAAGACUAAAUACAUCUAUUCCCAAGCAAAGGAAAAUGAGAAAUCUUCUAGUUACCAUUGAAAAUGAUACUCCACUAGAGGAACUCUCAAAAUACGUGGAUAUCAAUGUGAUUGCACUUAGCCGAAAUCGGAGAACAAGAAGAUGGUACACUUGUCCGCUGUGUGGGAAACAGUUUAAUGAAAGUUCUUACCUUAUUUCCCACCAGAGGACUCACACUGGAGAAAAACCCUAUGACUGUAGUCACUGUGGGAAAAGCUUCAAUCAUAAAACAAACCUUAAUAAACAUGAGCGAAUCCAUACAGGAGAGAAACCUUAUUCAUGUUCUCAGUGUGGGAAAAACUUUCGUCAAAACUCUCAUCGGAGUCGCCAUGAAGGAAUCCAUAUAAGGGAGAAGAUAUUUAAGUGUCCAGAAUGUGGGAAAACCUUCCCAGAGAACAAAGAAUUUGUGCUUCAUCUGCAGAGUCAUGAGGCUGAAAGGCCAUAUAGUUGCAAAAAAUGUGGGAGAAGAUUUAGUCGGCUGUCCAACUGUACCCGGCAUGAAAAAACCCACUCAGCGUGUAAGACCCGAAAGCAGAAAUGGGAUCAAGAAAGGUCUGAUGAUCCUGCCUCAACCUGA